GGCCGCGGCCCCCGCGCUGCUCCCGGCGUGCCGCCGAGCCAUGGAGGGCUUCGUGGGCUUCACCAACCGCUCUCAGGGCCGCGACCAGAUCUUCCGAGCCACUCAGUACACAUGCAUGUUGCUUAGUUAUUUAAUAGAGAAUAAAGCCGAUAAAAAGAAGCUGGUAAUGAAACUCAAGCAGUUGGAAUCUAGCAUGAGCUCUGGCCGGAAAAUGUUCAGGCUGGGCAAUGUGGUGCACGCCUUGGUGGCAGCCAGGAGAGCUGCAGAGCUGCCAGAGGUGGUGCCUCGCCUGUGCCUCACGGGCUCCCACCUCAGCCGGGCCCUGUACUUCGUGUGCGACGCCGCGCUCUGGCUCCGCAGCGUCGGCCUCCAGCCAAACCUCGACAAACCCAAGUGGCACACCUGGGCCACCAAGUGCUACUACUGCUCCCUGCUGAUGAACCUGGCCAGGGACUGGUAUGAGAUCUCCUGGAGGCUGGAACAGGCUGCGCUGGAAGAAAAGGCAAAGGAGAAUUCUGCCUGGCAGAGAGACGGUGAGGAGCUAAACGGCGUGAGGAGCGAUGGUUUGCACAGUUUUCUCUGCCAGCUCUUUCAGGUACUGAAAAGGAAUCCUCCUUUGCUGCUGGACUUGGUGAAGAACCUCUGUGAUCUCUCAGGCCCUUUGGAUACGCUGGGAAUCUACAAGACCAACCCAGGAGUGAUUGGUUUCUGUGGUGUGCUCUCCUCCCUGGUGGGGAUCCUCACGUUAGCAAGCCCACAUCUGAAGCUGAAACAGUGACAUAAAAGGAGCUGCGUAGUAUGAGGCUGCAGCUUUGAUCCUCUGACAGAUUUUUAUCUUCAUAUAGCACUUUCGAAUGAACAUCUCUUAAAAUAAUCUCAAGAUUAAUUUUGUCCUCUGAAGAAGUGGAUUCUGCCACUUUCCCUUCCCUGUGCCUUUGCAGAUGAGUUUAGUGCCAUGACACGCUCACUGAUGGGGUGGAGAGAGGAAAAGGCCAAGUAAUAUUUCACAAACAGAAAGAGGACUUGGAACUUGGCUGCUAGAUAAGAAAAUAUUCCUUUAUUUUAAUACAGGGUUGUGAAAUAACUGCAUAGGCAACUGUAAUAGGUAUAUGAUUCAUGACUACACUAAUCAUGUUUACACUGGAAAGUUUCAAUUCACUAAUCCAAGGUCCCUGCAGUCAGAUUGUCUAGAGUGAGCUAAGGUGGGUUAGGAGCUGCAGUUAGAGCAGCCUGAAGUCAGGGAUGAGUGUUCUGAUGGAUUUGGGUUGGUGGAUGCUGUGCCCUGCAGGUACUGAGCAUACUGUGAUGGUACUUGGAAAUGGUCUCUGGUGUGUGCCCUGCUGGUGCUGGAGCUGCAGUCUAGUGAGUGCCAACUCCUGUCCCAAAAAUCUGCACUUUCUUUGUUCCCUUUGAUACUGUGAGCCAGGGACUGUUGGCCAGUGACUCUGACUGCUCCAGCAGGCCACAGCUGAGAGCUUUGGUGCAGGACAGCAUAUUAACUCCCAAACCCCUGUAAUUGCAAGCACAAUUAUUUUCCAUUAAUGAUAUUGUGAUAAGGAGCUUGUUUUUGUCUUUAAAUUUACAUGAAAAAUUCCAGUGUAAUAAGGAGUUUGGAACAUGCAGUUAAGGAGAGAAGCCUGGCUCAGAGCUUGUUGAGUCACAAAAACUGCAAGGACAUGUUUCUGGUUGUGUAAGCUCCAGGAGGGGAGAGAAUGGAGUUUGUCAUGAUAACAUCAGAAUCCCUGUGGAAGAAAGCUUUUUACUGGAUUUGGGCAUUCAUGGUUUAGACUUUCCUAUCUGGUGCUCCCUCUCCUCCCUGCUCAUGACCACAUGAUUGCUUGUGUGUUCCCUUGCUGGCUGAAUGGGUUCAGCCAUUUGAAAAUGCCUCAUUUUGUUGCCCUGCAACUGUGUUAUUGUUUAUCAGUGACCUUACUGGCAGGGAUGGCUGGCAGUGUAACUGGGUUAAAAGAGAAAUGCUGUGUCCAGCUCUCUAGCAUGGCAUGCAGU